AUGCCUGCCCCAAUCCCAAUUCCACUACCCACAUUUUCCAUCGAUCUUCCUGAAAUUAUUACGCAAACGCCUGAUGCCGCCGGAAAGGGUGGCGGUGGAGUCAUUAUUACAAUGAGACCGUUUCUUUCAUAUAGUCGGUUUGUUGUGACGUUUAUCACGACUGACAAGAAUCCAUCCGUGGUGUUUUCACCUGAACCGACCCCUGAUUAUAGUCAAACACUGGUUACUGACGACAUUGGAGAUGGCCAUCAUAAGACCGUAGACGUCAUAGAAAGUCCUCGGAGCAAUACCUUUAAACUUACUGCUGGGGGAACACAGGUCAUUAUCAACGACAGGACCGUGUCUAAUCUGAAGCCUGAUCAGACGACCACGGUCACAGUUCGAGAUGAAGUGUUCACCAUUUUCCCUACUGCAGUGGUGGGAUUGGGCUCGACAAUCACGAAACCCGCGCCUCAAGCAACACCUCCUCCUGCACCAGCCGCGACAAGUGGAACUUUAGGAGGCAUUCCGGUAAUAAUCUCGGGCACGCAAGUUGUUGUCGACGGCACCACUAUGAGAAUCCCACAGCAAGAAGCCACAACGAGUAUCAACGGACAGAGAGUUGUUCUCGGCGCAGGUACUGUUGCCGUCGGUCGCGAAACCCUCAUCUUGCCCUCACCGCAGCCCACUCACGAGAUUGUCACGGGAGGAGAAAUGCUCACGGCCAUUGGCACUUCUCUCAUCGUUUUACACUCCACAACCAUCACAUACGGCCUCGAUACAGCCCCUAAUCAAACAGUUAUCAACGGAGAAACUGUCUCAAUUGGUCCAAGGGGCGUUUCUCUCCACGGCACAACCAUAGGCGGACCCUCCGCAAAUGCCACAGCCACGGAGUACGAAAUUGUCGGAGGCAUCACAGUUGGAAAAGUUCUCCCGUCUCUUGUCGUCAUCAACGGGGCGACGUAUGCCAUUAACGAAGAUGGCGAUCUAAAUAAUUUUGAGACCACCGUUAUAAAUAACCAGACUAUUACUAUUGGUCCUAGUGGCUUGGUCGUCUCGUCGCAGACGUUGACGUAUCCUGGGUCUUCUGUUACAGCGACUUUGUCUUCUUCUAGAGAGUCGAUACCUGAUUUCCCUGUUGAGACGGGCGGUCAUGGGAAUCGUCAGGAUGAUGAUGAGAGCAGCGCAUUUUCAUGGCGUCGAGGUUUAUCUAUUGGUAACGUCAUGGGUUUCUGUUUUGUGAUAAGCGUUUGGAUACUCACCUAG